AUGGAGGUGGUGGUGGCCGGGGCUCUCAGGGACACUGGCUCCACUGGCAUCCGGUCCUGGGCCCAGCUCAUCGGCGGCGUCGACGGCGGCUCCCACGGCGCCGGCGGCUCCCACGCCGGCUUCGGCCCCUCCUGGAGCGGCGUUGGCUCCUCCUGGAGCGGCGUUGACGCCGACUGUGGUAGCGGCUUUGGCCUCGGCCUCGGCGCCGGCUCCGACUCAUGCUGCGGCUCCUGCUGCGGCUCUUGCUGCUGCUCUUGCUGCGCUGGGGCUGAGCCGCUCCGGCUGUCUCCGGUGAGCACGGCCGGCUUCGGCCGGGAAGCGGCUCGGGGUCUCCGGGCCGGGGGCGCCGGCGCCGUGAGCGGCGGGGUUGCCUUCAGAGGCAGAGGCGGGGGCAGCACCGGGGGCGGCCGGCAGGGCAGGGGGAUGGUGGGCGCCGCCAACCCCGUGUGCCCGGCAUCCCGGCGCAUCGCUGCACGCGUGGAGGAAGGGAUCGUGGGUUUCCCGUGGGACCGGGGCCAGCGAGCAGCCCCCGCCCGGCAGGAUCCGUCCCCCCGACGCCGCAUCCUGCCGGCGCCCGGCAGCCCCCCCUGCCCUGCCCCGCAGAGCCGUGCCGGGGGGUGCACCCCCGGGGUGCCCAGCGGCUGCUCCCCUUCACCCCCGGGAGCAGGGUCAGACACGGGAUGUAUCGGGACAACGGGGACGCUGCUGGGUGCUGGGAACGGUGGGGACACGGUGCGAGGACAGUGGGGGACAUUGCAGGGUGGCGGGGACAGUGGGGACACGGUGCUGCGGGCCCCAGGGACACUGAAUGAGGCUGGGGACAGUGGGGACGCGGUGCAAGGGUGGUGGUGCGGGGUGCAAGGAGAGUGGGGAUACGGUUCUGGGGACAGUGGGGACACUGAUGCAAGGGUGCAUGAAGCCCUGAGGACCCCACCACCCAGGGGGUCCCUUUGCCCAUCUCCAGCCCCAGCGCCCAGGAAGAAGCUGGUGCGGGUUAAAGUCGUGAAGAAGAAAGUGGUGAAGAAGAAGCCGAAGGCUCCAGCCAAGGACACGGCUGCUCCACAGGAGCCUCAGUGUCCCCCGCUGGGGCUGGAGUCCCUGCGGGUGCUGGACUCCCAGCUCCGAUCCUCCAGCGACAAGCGCUACGGGCUGGGCGCCCACCGCGGGCGCCUCAACAUCCAGUCAGGGCUGUACGAUGGGGACUUCUACGACGGCGGCUGGUGCGCAGGGCAGGAGGACACGGAGCAGUGGCUGGAGGUGGAUGCCCGCCGGCUCACCAACUUCACCGGCGUCAUCACGCAGGGGCUCAACUCCAUCUGGACGUACGACUGGGUGACAUCCUACAAAGUCCAGGUCAGCAACGACACGCACACGUGGCAGCCGUGCCGCAACGGCUCUGAGGAAGCGAUCUUCCCCGCUAACAAGGACCCCGAGACACCGGUGCUCAACCUGCUGCCCUCGCCGGUGGUGGCACGCUACCUGCGCAUCAACCCCCAGACCUGGUUCCAGAAUGGCACCAUCUGCCUGCGGGCAGAGGUCCUGGGAUGCCCACUGCCAGACCCAAACAACAUCUACGCCUGGGACAGCCAGCCCCUGCCCACCGACAAGCUGGAUUUCCGCCAUCACAACUACAAGGAGAUGAGAAAGCUGAUGAAGCGGGUGAACGAUGAGUGCCCUGACAUCACCCGCGUCUACAGCAUCGGGAAGAGCUAUCUGGGCCUCAAGAUGUACGUCAUGGAGAUCUCCGACAACCCCGGGCAGCACGAAGUGGGUGAGCCGGAGUUCCGCUAUGUGGCGGGGAUGCACGGCAAUGAGGUGCUGGGCCGGGAGCUGCUGCUCAACCUGAUGGAGUACCUGUGCCGGGAGUUUCGGCUGGGCAACCCCCGCGUGGUGCAGCUGGUCACCGAGACCCGCAUCCACCUCCUGCCCUCCAUGAACCCUGAUGGCUACGAGACCGCCUACAAACUGGGCUCGGAGCUGUCAGGCUGGGCCAUGGGCCGCUGGACCUACGAGGGCAUCGACCUCAACCACAACUUUGCCGACCUCAACACGGCACUGUGGGAUGCUGAGGACAACGACCUGGUGCCCCACGAGUUCCCCAACCACUACAUCCCCAUCCCAGAGUACUACACCUUUGCCAAUGCCACGGUGGCCCCUGAGACACGGGCGGUGAUUGACUGGAUGCAGCGGUACCCCUUCGUGCUGAGCGCCAACCUGCACGGUGGGGAGCUGGUGGUCACCUACCCCUUUGACAUGACCCGCACCUACUGGAAGGCGCAGGAGCUGACCCCCACCGCCGAUGACGGGGUCUUCCGCUGGCUGGCCACCGUCUACGCCACCUCCAACCUGGCCAUGGCCAGCGAGGAGCGGCGCCUCUGCCACUACGAUGACUUCAUCCGCUUCGGCAACAUCAUCAACGGGGCAAACUGGCACACGGUGCCUGGCAGUAUGAACGACUUCAGCUACCUGCACACCAACUGCUUUGAGAUCACGGUGGAGCUCUCCUGCGACAAGUUCCCGCACGCCUCCGAGCUGCCGGUGGAGUGGGAGAACAACCGGGAGUCCCUGCUGCUCUACAUGGAGCAGGUGCACCGUGGGAUUAAGGGGGUGGUUCGUGACAGUGACACGGAGCAGGGCAUCGCCAACGCCAUCAUCUCUGUAGACGGCAUCAACCACGAUGUCCGGACGGCCUUCGACGGGGACUACUGGCGGCUGCUGAACCCGGGGGAGUACGAGGUGACAGCGCGGGCCGAGGGCUACGAGGCGGCCACGCAGCCCUGUCACGUCUCCUACGAGAACGUGCCCACCCCCUGCAGCUUCCGCCUGGCCCGGCUGCGGCGACCCCGGCUGCGGGGCCGGUUGCCCGGGGGGGCCCGCCUGCCCCCCGACCUGCGGCUGCGGCGGAGUGCUCACCAGCUCCGCAGGACCCUGGAGCCUGCUGCAGCACCGGGGGGCACCUGCUGGAGCUGA